AUGACCACCCCAACGAACGAAACAUCCCGGAGGGCCAUCAAGGGCCACGUCAGACGCUGGAUCCACAACAUCCAGCAAUACGACAUCGUACAAAUAGACCUAACAAUCUACAAUAUAUUGCUAGGAGCUGAAACCAGUCUAAAAAGCAUGCAAGCUAAAUACAAUCGACUCUCAGAAGCGGUCGCCAGAGACAUGGAUGCAUCAAACGCGACCCGUGCACAAUUCGAUGCCGAGGUCGAAAGCGUGAUCGCUCUGGAGGAUGAGUGCAACGCAGCAUACGUGAUCGUCAGGCGAAAAAAGGAUGAAUUCAAAGCACUCAAAGAAGCUGAAGAAAGAAAACGGCAAAAAGCCGAUCAAGACGCCAUCAGGGCCAAAGAAAAGGCCGAUCAGGACGCCAUAAGGGCCCAAGAAAAAAUGAAUCAAGACGCUGCAAGAGCACAAGAGAGAAUCAUCCGUCAACAAGAAUUUCAAGAUCAACAGAACUUGUUCCGACAACUGAUUGCCGCCAUUCCAGCAGCAGCUGCACUAGGAGCACCAGCAGCUCCAGCCAGCAGGGACGUGCUCGAAUGGACGGCCUUCUGGGAAGGUUACAACGCAGCCGUCCAUGAAUCAGCCAUUCCGGCAGUUCAAAAAUUUGGAUAUCUUAAAGACUACUUGAAAGGUGAAGCACAGCUGUGCGUGGAGAACCUUGAGCUGACAGACGCCAACUACACCGUUGCAGUGAAUCUACUGAAGGCGAUGUACGGCAAACCAGACGUCCUGAUCGAGGCCCACACCCACAAAUUAGCCACGCUGCAACCAGUGAAAGACAUGGCUGAUACCGCGGCGCUCAGGUGCUUCCAGCUGACUAUCCAGUCACAUAUCAACGCGUUGGAGACACUGGGAGUUGCAAGAACGAGCCACGGAUGCCUCCUUGGAUCAAGCAUUUUACGCUCGAUCCCACUCAAACUUCAAGAAAAAGCGACUCAGCCGUCUGAGAGCUACUACACCAAAGCCGGCCCAAAAUUCUCCGCAACCGAAACCGAAACCAGCAACAACACCGACAGCUUCCCAGCUCGGAGUCAGCAGCAAGCCGACUCCACAAACAAACCAUCCAAGCAAAACAAGAAGAAAUGGCAGCCCACCACCACCAAGGAGAGAAGCGACAGCAUCAUCUUCAAGAAAGCCAAUGCUGCCCUGCGUGUUCUGCAAGGAGAUGCAUUGGGCCACGAAUUGCCCAAUGGAGCUGAAAGAAAAAAGGCAGUCAUCACCAACGAAAGAAGAUGCUCAAACUGCUUCGGUCGACACGAGACCACCGUUUGUUUCAAUCCCCACAGGUGUCAGCGAUGCCGUGCAAAGCACCACACAUCCUUGUGUGCCGAGAAAGAUACCAGAUUCGGAUCCUCAACCAUAAUCCCAAAUAAACCGGCCGCUGGAAGCAGCUCAACUACAGCGUGCGCAAGCUCCUUUGGUGAGAUUAUUCUCAAAACAGCAACCGUUUACAUUUUAGGCCCAUACGGAAAGCAGAUCCGAGCAAUUCUCUUCCUCGACGACGGCAGCCAUAGAACAUGGAUUAAAAAGCAGAUUUCAAGAGAACUUCAACUGAAGAUAAUCCAGGUGGAACAAAUCGCGACCAGGGCCUUCCGCCAGACAGAGGCCCCUCCAGCAGAAACUCACAACGUGGUCGAAAUGACGGUGCGGGGCACCUGGCCAGGAGCCCCAACGGUGCGCAUAGAAGCUUUGGAGGCAACCGACAAAGUAGGAAGCACCGGCACGUACCAAACUACAGAAUUUGCAAGAAAGCUGUGGUUGGAAAAUGAAAAUUUGGCAGACGACCGCUUCGAACGUGAAGGAGGAGACGAGGACGUCGGAAUUCUUGUUGGAAUGGACCAAAUGUUCAACAUCAUGUUCAACGAGCCAGCAAUUACAAGCCCGUGCGGACUCAGAGCCUACAGUUCGAAACUUGGAAAGGUCAUCGGCGGUCCAUCCCAAGAAACAACAUCGAAGCAAAGUCAAUCAAUUGUCAGUCAACUACUAAUCAAUUCAAAUUGCUCUCUACCACAGAUCACCUCAAAGCCAUCAGAAAUUUUUAACAGCAUCCAAUCAAACAAGUCGGAAAGCAGGGAGACAGGAAACUCCAGUCUCCUUCCACUACCAGAAAAUUCUGAACAAAUCUGCUUUUUCGACUCAACAAAAGAAAGAAAAAGGUUUGAAAUGGAGAAGUUAAAUUUUGAUAUGUCGUUAUUUUGGCGUCUAGAAAAUUUCGCGAACUUAAACGACUGCGUUGCUGUGGAGAAGGACGAUCAAUUCCGCUCCUUCUGCAAAGAAAUCACGCGAUUUGAAGACGGCAGAUAUUGCACGCCAAUACCAUGGACAACUGACAGAUGGAGACUGGAAAUCAACCACCAGAUGGCAGCAGUAAGACUGAGAAGCAUGCUGCACAAGCUCCGAAAAUCUCCAGUCGACUUGGCCAACUACACAAAAGAAAUCGAACAACUCAUAGCAAACGGAUUUGUGGAAGAGGCUGAUUUCAAUUACGAUGGCCUCCACACUUAUCUACCGCAUCAUCCAGUCUACCGAACAGACAAGGCCACCACAAAAAUCCGACCAGUUUUCGACGGCGCCGCAAGAUCCAAAUAUGGACCGAGCCUCAACGAUGUUCUGGAGACCGGACCAAAUCUUAAUCCUGAUCUCCUCUCGGUCUUAAUGCGCUUCCGGAUGAACCGGAUCGCCUGGAUUGCGGAUAUCGAAAAGGCCUUUCUCAACAUCGCGCUGCAGCCCGAAGACGCUGAAGCUGUCAGAUUUUUAUGGCCAAGAAAACCGGAAGAACCCAACUCCGAUUUCAUCGCGUACAAAUGGAAAAGAGUUCCAUUUGGGCUAAGCUCAAGUCCAUUCCUUUUAAGAGUCACUAUUAACAAACAUUUGCUCUCAGUCAAAUCUAGAUUUUCUACGACAGUCGAGCAGAUAGAAGAGCAGCUUUACGUAGACGACUACCUCGGAGGAGCAGACGACGUGCCAACAGCCAUAACUACGGUAGAAGAAACCGUCACGUUAUUCUCAGAGGCCCAACUCAACAUGAGGAGCUGGGCAACAAACAACAAGCAGCUCCGUGACUUUCUCACCGAAAAAGAAAUGUCGAACCAGAUUGUCGGAAUUCUUUCACCCACAAUAGACGGCCAGCAAAAGGCACUGGGUCUUAGAUGGGACACGAGCUCCGAUUCAUUUAAAUUUGACCCUACAUCUAUAAUGGAAGCAGCCGUGCAGAUAGGAGAAAAAAUCACCAAAAGAAAAAUUCUGAGCAUAUCAGCAAGGAUAUUCGACCCAAUUGGUUUCCUAGCUCCUACAGUCCUACUUUUAAAAAUAAUUUAUCAAAAACUUUGGGAAGGAGACAUAGGUUGGGACGAUGACGCCACACCCGAAGUGAAGAACACCUGGAGCAGCAUCAUGAAAGGCCUGAAGGAUCUACAUCAUUUGGAGAUCCCACGAUGGAUUGGAUAUUCAAAAACUUCCAUCGUCUCCGCAGAAAUUCACGUGUUCGGCGAUGCAUCAGAAGCAGCCUACGGAGCAGUAGCCUACGCACGGCUCCGACUGGAGAACGGAAUUCCCUACACCAUCCUCCUUGCAAGCAAAACCAGAGUGGCACCUCUCCCAAAAAAGAAAGUAACGUUACCCAGACUCGAACUACUAAGCUCUUUGUUAGCAAUUCGUUUAGGAGAGAAAAUCCGAACCUCCCUUCACACCGAGUCAUGGAAAACGACUUACUGGACAGACUCCCUCGUCACACUUGGAUGGAUACGAGGAGAUCCUUACCGUUGGAGACCGUUCGUGCGAAACCAGGUGGAAACCAUCAGAAAAUUUUCCAACGCGGAUUGGUGGAGACAUUGCCCCGGAUUGGAGAAUCCAGCCGAUCUCGCUUCGCGGGGAGCGCCAGCGCAUGCGCUGGUGGAAUCGAAACUUUGGUGGCACGGACCAGCCUGGCUGACAGAAGGAGAAAGCGAAUGGCCGAAUUCUCCAGAAAACCACUCCACCGAAACUCAAGAGAAAAUCGAGGAAGAGGAGACAAAGAAAACGGCAACUGUCUCCUUUGCAGCAGUCGAAACAGCCCAGCCGAUUGAAUGGUACCUCGACAAAACCUCUACAUGGACAAAACUACUUUUCAGAACAGCCUGGGUCCUCAGAGCACUCAACCGUAUGAAGAAAAGAACGCGCGACCCAGGACUUGAACUAAAAGAAGUCAUUACAGUCGCCGGAAAAGAAAUAACGAUCGACAAGGUAGUCACCGAAGAGCUGAACGAAGCGGAGCUAGCCAUCUGCAGACAGCUCCAAAUAGAACGCUAUCCCAAAGCUUUUCGGACACUCCAGCUCGGACUGCAGAUUCACCCAAAGGAGAAAAUCGCAUCGCUCCGACCGGUCUGGGACAAUCGAGAUCGACUCAUCCGAGUCACUGGAAGAGUGGCGCUCGCCCUCAGGGAUCGAGACAUUCAACCACCGAUCCUUCUCCCAGCAAACCAUCCUGUUGAGUAA